UCUGAGAGGAGGAGGAGGAUGAUAUAUGAUUGGCCGGGCAGGGACUGGUAGUCCGGAGCUUGGCACCGAGGCUGGCGCUGUUCCCCGUGUUCAUGUUUACACCUUUGCGGACCGAGACGAGACCAAACACCCGGUGGAGUUCCAGUCUUUACCUGACACCACCUACCCACGGCACUGUUUUAUUUUAUUUUAUUGUAUUUUAUUUUCGUGUAUGGGUGCAAAGCAACUUUUUCUUUGCUGGGGAAUUGGACCCCAUCGUUUAAUUUGAUUUCUUCCUUCAACGCAGUGAUGCGUCAAACUUUUCUGUGACUUUGGUCGCAGCUCUGCGCAGCGCGGCUCGAGCAGAGGGAGCUGAGAACCUGGAAUUUCCUGGACAUUUUUUUUUAUUAUUCUUACAUCUGAGGACCUUUAAAAAAAACUUUGCUGACAGAAUUAAUGUCCCUUCAGUCUUUUCCUAGAGAUCCACCCGCUUUUUUGCGAUUGGAUGCGUUUUAAACACUGUUGUUUGCAUCAUCGGUCAAGAUUAGUCUGAGUGUUUACCAGAACACUAGAGCAUAUCUAAAUACUUUUAGUUACUGGUGUUUAAAUCCUCCCCGUGGUAAAGACUGUCCUGGACAGGAGGAGCGGCGCGCCGCGGCGGCGUCCCCGGGAAAGAUGCGCUCUCCGCGGACGCAGCGGGAUCAAGAACCCGCUCAUCUGCUGCUGCUUCUCCUCCUCGUCGGGGGAUAUGCUGCUUCUGACACUGAAAGCAGCGACUACAGCGAGACCGAAGUGCUUCCUGACUCGUUCCCCUCGGCGCCGGCGGAGCCUCUACCCGAAUUCCUGCUAGAGCCGGAGGACGCUUUCAUCGUAAAGAACCGGCCGGUCCAGCUGCGCUGCCGGGCGUCGCCGGCCACCCAGAUCUACUUCAAAUGUAACGGAGAAUGGGUCAAUCAGAACGAUCACAUCACCAGAGAGAGCCUGGACCAGAUCACAGGCCUGGUGGUGCGGGAGGUGGAUAUCUCGGUGUCGCGGACCCAGGUGGAGGAGCUGUUCGGGCUGGAGGACUUCUGGUGCCAGUGUGUGGCCUGGAGCUCGGCCGGAACCACCAAGAGCAACCGGGCCUACGUCCGAAUAGCAUAUCUGAGGAAGAACUUUGAGCAGGAGCCCCUGGGGAGGGAGGUGCGGCUGGAGCAGGAGGUGCUGCUGCAGUGUCGGCCCCCGGAGGGCAUGCCCGCUGCCGAGGUGGACUGGCUGAAGAACGAGGAUGUCAUAGAUCCGUCGCAGGACUCCAAUUUCCUGAUCACAAUUGAUCAUAAUCUGAUCAUCAAGCAGGCCAGACUCUCAGACACGGCCAACUACACGUGUGUGGCUCGAAAUGUGGUCGCCAAAAGACGCAGCAGCACGGCUACUCUCAUUGUUUAUGUGAGUGGAGGCUGGUCUUCGUGGACUGAAUGGUCAGAGUGUAACGCUCGGUGUGGGCGGGGCUGGCAGCGCCGGACGCGCAGCUGCACCAAUCCCGCCCCUCUGAAUGGAGGAGCCUUCUGCGACGGCCCGCCGGUGCAGAGAGUAACCUGCACCACACUGUGCCCAGUGGACGGAGGCUGGACAGAGUGGGCAAAGUGGUCCGCCUGCGGGACAGAGUGCACCCACUGGCGCAGCCGUGAGUGCCAAAACCCCCCGCCCGUAAAUGGUGGAAAACACUGCAGUGGCAGCAUGAUGGAGAGCAAAAAUUGCACUGAGGGGCUGUGCGCGAGAAAUAAAAAGAUCUCUAUUGAACAUGCAAGCCAUCCCCUGGCUCCAGGUAUGGGGGUAGCGGUCUACGCCGGCCUGGUGGUGGCCUUGCUGCUCAGCGUGGUCAUGGCUCUGUGCGUGGGAGUGCUGGCGUAUCGUCGAAGAUGCCGCCAUCUCCACGGAGACAUCACUGAUUCUUCAUCUGCUCUCACGGCCGCUUUCCACCCUGGCAACUACAAGCCUCCCAGACAGGAUAACCCUCACCCUCCUCAGCAUCCCUCCGCUCCGCCGGAUCUCACAGCGACCGCGGGAACUUUCCGCGGCCCGGUCUUCUCCCUGCAUCAGGGCGUCAACGACAGUCCCCACAAAAUCCCCAUGACCAACUCGCCCCUGCUGGACCCGCUUCCCAGCCUCAAAAUCAAGGUGUACAAUUCGGCCACUCUCUCCUCCCUGGAGCUGCCGGCUGACAUGGGCACGUGCGACGGGGAGAUCCUCAGCCUGAAAUCAGUUGGUACCGUGAGCAGAGAGCGGGAGUACCACAGCCACACCCUGUCCAGAGAGCCGGGGCUGAGCACCAGCGCCACCCUGGGAAACCUGGGAGGACGCCUUGCCAUCCCCAAUACAGGUGUGAGUUUGCUGGUCCCGCCCGGCACCAUCCCCCAGGGAAAGUUCUACGAGAUGUACCUCAUUAUCAACAAGUGGGACAAAACAACGUUGCCGUCUGAGGGCAGUCAGACCGUACUAAGUCCUGUAGUGAGCUGUGGUCCGUCUGGCAUGCUGCUGAACCGUCCUGUGGUCCUCACUUUGCCCCAUUGUGCCCAGCUGGACACGCCUACUCCUGACUGGACCCUCACACUCAAGACACAAACACACCAGGGGGCGUGGGAGGAGGUGCUCACAGUAGGGGAGGAGACUUUGUCGUCUCCGUGUUACCUGCAGCUGGAAGAGGAAUGUUCUCACGUCCUCAUGGAGCAGCUGGGAACGUAUGGCCUUGUGGGCCAGUCCUGCCCUCCGCAGCCGGCCUGUAAACGUCUGCAGCUCGCCCUGUUCGCCCCACGGGCACCGUGCCUCUCCCUGGACUACAGUCUCCGCAUCUACUGCAUCCAUGACACUCCACAUGCCCUCAAGGAGGUGCUGGACUUGGAGAGGAGUCUAGGUGGAGUUUUGCUAGAAGAUCCCAAGCCGCUACUUUUCAAAGACAGCUACCACAAUCUCCGUCUGUCCAUCCACGACAUUCCUCACACUCACUGGAGAAGCAAACUUCUGGCCAAGUACCAGGAGAUACCAUUUUAUCACAUUUGGAGCGGGAGUCAGAGGCCCCUGCACUGCACCUUCAGCCUGGAGAGAAGCAGCCUGGCGGUGUCGCAGCUCGCCUGUAAGAUCUGCGUCCGGCAGGUGGAAGGCGAGGGACAGAUAUUCCAGCUGUAUACGGACAUCCAGGAGACUCUGCCACCGCACUCGCCCCUCCCCUCGGGAGGCAGCUGCCUACCUUCCUCUCAAGUGGGGCCUUAUGCCUUUCGUCUGCCUAACUCCAUCCGCCAGAAGAUCUGUGCCAGUUUGGACGUGCCCAGCGCUCGAGGCUGUGACUGGAGGCUACUGGCUCGAAGUCUCGGCUUUGACAGGUAUUUGAACUACUUUGCCACAAAGCCCAGCCCCACAGGUGUUCUCCUGGACUUAUGGGAAGCGUGUCACCAAGGUGACGCAGACCUGGUCUCUCUGGCGACUGCACUAGAGGAGAUGGGUAAAAGUGAGGUUCUAGUUGUCAUGACAACAGACGGGGAUUGUUGAUUCGUUGCGGAACAAAAGGAGCAAGCAAGAAGUGUUUUUCCACCAUAGCGAUGAAAAUAAGGAUACCUGCCUUUGAAUAUGCACAUCCUGGUACAAACCUUUCAAGCACGGAGCAUUUUUGGUUGCGUCACCUGUAUCGUGUCACCUCUGCCUCAUCUCCUUUGCUGACCCAUGAUCAGCCGCUGUAACUACAUAUCAGCUGGGAUCCACUCCCGUGCGGGCCAUCCAGCUGCGGACCCGAUUCAGCUUGAAGUCUUGAAAACAAUGUUGCAUCUGCAAGACAUGAAACCGAUUUUGAAUGCACCAAGGUGUAAAAUUGGUAGAAACCCAUCUGGCGAAUGUGGUGUCAACUAUUUUCACAAACUGAAAAUUACAUUCUUGUGUAUUAAUAAAAGUGCUUUAGAAGAAAUGGGGGAAAAAAUGAAUAAAAAUCAUGCAUUCAACACAAUAAAGCACACACUAUAGCACAGCCCCAAAACGUGGACGUACCCAUAAUUCAGUAGCAGCAUGAAGGUGCAAGAUUCAACACCAUCCCACCUCAUGGCAGGGACUUCUGUUUUCGUUCUGCAGUGAAGGACAGGCGGUAGCAGACUGCCUGCAGCCUCUGAUGGCUAAGCACACACUCCAGAAUGCACACGGACGAAGUGGAAAACACAGCCGAGGAUUUCUUGUCUAAUUGCUUUGUGUAAGGAUUGAGCCCUCAAGGUUUGAGUCAUAUCGCUUUUGGCUGUAUUGGCGGCAUCUCCUUUGUGGUAGGAGAUUGCAUUGCAAAGUUUGUUUUUAGAAUUGGCAGAUAACUAGACUGACUCUUUAUAUUGUACCAACAAAUGCCUCAAAGCCUUGGCAUAUCGUUCUGACUCACAGGGGUGUUUCUCUUUCAUCUCUCCUUGCAUUCCUGUAUCGCUCUGCCACACUCCUAUCUGCUGAGAAUAAACUGCAUCAUCCCUUAAAGUUUCCUUUGGGGAACGCUCUUUAAUCUAUUAUCCAUAUUUGUGGAUUGCUUUUUUUUCUCCCCUCCCUUUCUCAGUCGACAUUAUGAUCCUGUGUUAUCGUUUGUGCUUAUUUAGGCCACUGAGCUGCUGUGUAUUAUUGUUGAUCCAAGUAGAUCAGCAGGCCAAACGGGAAGGUUAGGUGAACACUUGAUGUCUCUGUUGUGAAUAACAAAAUCAUGUUCAUGUUAUUUUUAAUACCUGAUGAUCUUUAAAAAAUGUAAAAUAUAAAUGAUAAGUCAAAAUGAGGGAGGAUCCUGAUGAAUUAACUGUAAGGUGUUUUGGGAGAAUGUUGCUUGGCUGUAACUGAAGAAUGUUUCCACUGUUAAGAGAUGAUUAUAGAAUAAAUUAACCUUAUCUUGAAUCAACGGGGCAGCAAGGGGCCAUAUACAGUAAUUUACCUCAACAAAAGCUGAAUUAUGUCGCAAUCUGUCCACCGCUUAUGUCAGUCUCUCUGUGUCCCUUUGCUCAGAUUGAAGACAUGUUGGUCUUUUUACUGAACCGCCUGCUUUGUGGUCAGGGUCCUCAAGCUGUUUGCAUAAUCAGUUCGUUUGUUAUGUUUGUUUCUUUUUAAGUUGGGAAUGAAUUUCUAUCAUCUACACCAUCAUUAUUACUUCUAUUCUGUGUUGAGUCUUUUUUCCCCCUCAAGGCAAAAAAACAACAAAAAAACAGAAGUGUUCAUAUCUUUAAGACAACAUAAACCAAAACACUGUCAGUAUCCCUCCUCUUCGGCAGUGAGUCAUGUCACUGUUUUGUGUGAAUGAGCUGCACAAGUGUGUGUGCUUGUGUGAGUGAAUGGGUAUGUGUGGGCAGGUGGCUGUGUGCAUACAGUACAAUAUGUACACAAUCUGAAGAUCUGUCAUCUCUCUUUGUAAGUGCUAUGCAAGUACAAAAGAAAAGUGAAGCAUCUCCACUUCUUUUGUUUCCUGGAAGAGUAAUUCUAUUUUUUCAGAUCAGGACAUUGACAGGGUUUUGAUUUUGUAUCCUAAAUUGGGUUAAGAGUGGUUCAACAUUCUCAGAGAUGCUGGUCUCUGUGGGAAUUCUCCAUCUUGGACAGGAAGAGUUCAAUCGCUCUCCAAUGAAGCUACAAAAUGCUGAAAACAAAAACAAAGUGGUGCAGUGGCGUCAGCACAAGCCAUGACUGACAUCUUGAACCCAUGCCCUGCAGGUCUUUGCCAUAAAGAAAUACCUGAAUGCAACCAGUUCAGUAUGUUGGACCGCUGAACUCUGCAGGACAUUUCUCUCUUCUCCGUUUUUGUUACAGAGACUGGCUUGUUCUAGACUACAGUGUUGUAUUCGUCCAGAUUUUAUGAGUGUCUGCUGGAUCUGUGACCAUAUUGCUGGGUAAAUCAUGACGGGGCUGUACUGGAUUUGAACCCGCUCCCUUCAAAGAGAUAAACUCAGCCUUUGUUCAGGAAGGAAGACAUUUUUACAUGAAACAUAAUGGAUUCAGUGACAUUAUAGUGUCUCUGUAAAGUACCAAUUGUAAGUAAAUGUCUAGCCUUCUUACC